UCCUCUCCAUUGAUUGAGUGUGGUUUAACGUUACUACUGUAAUAAUCACACCUGGAUCUUUCUUUAAGAAGUCUACAUGCUUCUAGGUGGCAACUAUUGAUUAUUUUGACGUUGCAUGUUUGUGUUUUCUGCAAGUUCCACAGAUAGACAUUGGCCCUCCAAAAAUAUUCUUUGGCAAGGAAAAGAAGAGUUAUUCCCUUGUUUUUCACAAUUAUGGCACGUGUUGAUUUUGAUAUCGGAAAGUACUCGUUUGAUCCAACCGAUAGAACAUUGAAUCGUUACAGAAGCAAUCCAUUUCGGCCUCCGGAUGUACUGGGAGCGUCUAAUCAGGAUUUUGAUCAUGUCUCGGAACAAACUGAAACAUUUCAAGCCAUUCACGUUGAAAAGAGAAGAUCUUUAAAGAUUGGACCAUCCUUAAGAAGUGAGGGUGAAAUUGAUGACCGGACAAUUCAUCGCGAAAACUACACUGAAGAUAUACCUAGAAAGGUGGAACGAACAUUUCUAAUGAAAGGGGCCAGAGAUGCCAACAUUCAACCCAAUGGUGGCAUUGAAGACACGCCAUCCGAAUAUGACCACAAAUAUGUGGUAUUUGGUGUUGUUGAACGGGCUAAACCUUUGCCUAAUUGGUACAAAUGGGACAACGUUCGUAGUCCAUUUGGCACAGAUGGAAAAGAUUCCGGAAGUGUUUCGUGAGGUUGAUGAUUGAUCAAUUUCCAAAGUUCCGCAAAAAUAUAUAUAUAUAUAUUGUUCCACCUUCCAUCGACCUUUAAACUAUAAAACGUCAAUAAACAUGCAGUGCGAAGUUGUAUAUCUUGCAUGCAAUUUAAAAACACUAUUAUCUCGUCAAUAUC